UCUACGGCGACGAGAUAUGUCACUGGUGCUCUCCUUUUCCUCUUUGCUAGACGCCCUCAACAGAAUCCGCGAGAGGAAGCUGAGCCACUCCUCCAAUGGCAUCCUCCUCCUCUCUCCUCCCUCUCCUCCUCCUCUUGGCACUCAUCUCGCCGCACGCGGCCUCGCCGGUGCCGGCCAGUGACCUCCUGGGCGCGGCGCGCGAGCCGGGGUUCGCCGCGUGGCUGCGAGGCGUGCGGCGGCGCAUCCACCAGCACCCCGAGCUGGCCUUCGAGGAGUACCGCACCAGCGAGCUCGUCCGCGCCGAGCUGGACGCAAUCGGCGUGUCCUACUCGUGGCCCGUCGCCAAGACGGGCGUGGUGGCCAAGAUCGUUGGCGGGGGCGGCGCUGGGCCCGUCGUUGUGCUCCGGGCCGACAUGGACGCGCUCCCCUUGCAGGAAUUGGUAGAUUGGGAAUACAAAAGCCAGGAAAGUGGAAAAAUGCAUGCUUGCGGACAUGAUGCUCACACGUCAAUGCUUCUUGGAGCUGCUAAGCUACUUCAGUCUCGGAAGGAUGACAUCAAGGGUACUGUGAAGCUUGUCUUCCAGCCAGCAGAAGAAGGGUAUGCCGGGGCAUACCAUGUUCUAGAAGAAGGUGUUCUAGACGAUGUGUCAGCCAUUUUCGGUCUGCAUGUCGACCCAAGCCUUCCAGUGGGUACAGUCGCCUCCAGGCCAGGGCCCUUCAUGGCAGCAUCGGGCCGGUUUUUUGUAACGGUCAUCGGAAAAGGUGGACAUGCAGCGAGCCCGCAUCAUGCUGUAGAUCCCAUCGUUAUGGCAUCCUCUGCCAUCAUCAGCCUCCAGACAAUUGUAGCCCGUGAGAUCGAUCCCCUCCAGGCUGCAGUAAUCUCUGUAACAUUCGUAAAUGGAGGUGAUGCUUACAAUGUGAUUCCAGAGACGGUAUCGUUCGGUGGCACCUUCAGGAGCUUGACAACAGAAGGUCUAUCCUAUCUUAAAAAGAGGAUCAAGGAGAUCGUCGAAUCACACGCCAUCGUGAACCGAUGUAUAGCGACCGUCGACUUCAUGGAAGAGGAGCGCCGGCCAUACCCAGCCACCAUCAACGACAAAGGGAUGUAUGAUCAUGCCAGAGCAGUGGCAGGGGCAAUGCUUGGAGAAGACAACGUCAAGGUAACUGAUCCAAUCAUGGCUGCAGAGGAUUUCUCGUACUACGCGCAAAGGUUCCCUGCUGCAUUCUUCAUGAUCGGAAUCCACGACGAGGCAAUGACGACCGGGGUGCAUCCGCUUCACUCCCCUAACUUUGUGAUCGAUGAGGGUGUGCUCCCGGUAGGGGCUGCCUUCCAUGCUGCCGUGGCAAUGGAGUACUUGAACAAGCGCACAACCACAUCAACGUAAUCUAGAAAUACUGAUAUUCGUUCUGAAAUAUUAGAAAUCCUCCAAGCUGUCCAGAAGGUAGCGAAGAGGUCUAGUUCUGAGACAUGCAUUUCUUUCGGGGACGCAAUUGCAGAAUAAAGAUAAGCGCAUCCAGAUUAUCUCCCUUAUUUUAUUUUUUGUCCCACAUUUGUAGUUUAUUUCCAUGUGGGUGACAACCCAUCCCAGCUUGUCCCUCGUAUCACUUACACUGACCAAUGCAUUCAAAUUUGAUUUUGAAAUUUGAGGCAUCUUUAUGUU